AGAAUUUGGAUAAUGUUUUAGUGGUGUAUAUAUAACAAGAGCUUUUUAACAAUUAGGUUUAUAAAAAAAUCGCAAAAUGGCGGGACAAACCAUGUAUUCGUCACCGUCUCGUUAUUCACAAGGUAUUGACCAUAGUUACGAGAUGGAGGAACAAAACUUCCAAAACCCAAUUCCUGCUUUUCAUUUCCGGAAGCGCUUUGGCGACAUCAACUGGCGGAAGAUAAGUUCGAUCGACGUUGACCGAGUUGCAAGGGAACUCGAUUUUGUUACUUUGCAAGAAAACAUAUCAACGGUUACCUUCUGCAAUGUUGACGCUGUGUCUGACUUGGAUCCUUUGUUCGUGAAGCUUUUCAAACUUGCCCAAUAUACCAUUGAGUAUCUACUGCAUUCACAGGAAUAUCUACAAUCUGUUGUGAACGACAUGGAAACCCAAGCAUCAAACACAGCUGCUGAGAAAGUUGGAGUUGAACAACAACUUGCAACAGCCAAUGCUGAAAUAGCAAAGUUAAAACAAGAAAACAAGAAGCGACGUAAAAUGAUUGAGCAACAACAACUUGUAAUAGAGGCUGGUGCUUCUAGUUAUUAUAAGUGCCCACAUUGCGACAAAGCUUUCAUGAAUGCGAGUUUCCUUCAAGGUCACAUUCAACGGAGACACCCGGGCUCUGUUAGUUACAUUGGCGAUGUUAUUGAACAUUCCCAACGUGAACAAUCAAAGUUAUCGAACAACCUUAAACAACUGGAAGCAGAUUUACAAAAAGAACGAGAGAAUUUUGACAGCAAGCUUAGAGAGGCGGAGACAGAGAAGACACGCUGGGCCGAACAAUCGCGGAGGGACAUGGAUCGUUGGAAAGAAGAGGAAGAGCAAAAGUGGAAAGAGGAACUCACCAAGAUGAAGGAGACUUUCAUACAAGAUAUUGAGGGACUUAAGAAGAAGGAAGAAGGUUAUAGGAAGACAAUCGACAACCUACAAACGACCAUGGAUGUCCGGCAAUCCAACCUUGGUGACCUUGUGGAUGAGGUAGAAGGUGAGAAGGUUCGGAUGAAAGAAUACGAGGAGAGAAUGGAAACAUUGGAGGGAAUUAACCAGGAUAAAACAAGACAGAUUGAAGCUUUGUCCUCUGCGAUGAAGAAACUUCGUAAAGAACAAUCGUUGUCACUUUCCAGCCACCAAGAGGAGCUAAAGAGAGAGCAGGAACGACAAAUGAGAAUUCUUAAACAACAAGUAAAGAAAAGUGGUUCGGACGACAGAGUUGCAAAACUACAAGAACAAAUCAAGAAGCUAAGUGCAAGGAAGCAGGAACCGAAACCAAAAGUGAGCUAUGUCAUAGAAGAUGAUGAAGAAGAGGAGAUGGUUGGAGAGAUGCCGGACAGGGAGGAGAGGAUCAAAGAAGCUUCGGAUCAAAUACGACCCGUGCUUAUAAACUUGUUGGAUGAAAGAGUUGCUAAGUGUGGUGUAGACCCUACAGCAGCAGGCCUCACAAGUAAAACACUCACCAACAAACUAAUGGUUUUGAAAACCGAGCGCCAACAGCAAGCUAAGGAUAUAUCAGGGUACUACCAAAUAAGGGAAGAAGCGAGAAGAAAGUUGGGAUUAGCUGUGCAGAAGAGAACACCAGGUCGCAAAAGCUUCCCGAAAUCGCACAAAUCGUCAACUUUGCCCAGGAAAAAAUUGAAACCGGUGGAAAAAGAAGUCAUUCAUAAAUCGACGUCUCAACCCGACCUUACCCCCUCCGGUGGUUUAAAACGAGCAAAGCCUGUCCAUAGAGAACAUAUAGAAUCAACCCCCGUCGCCCCCACUCGAUCCCCAAGAAGGAAGGAAGAAACAAAGCCUGUUACGUCACCUUGGGACAGCGAAGAUGACGAAAGCGAUAUCACCCCCAUAGCACCUCCUAGUGGCCGUAAAGACGAGGGGGAUUGGGACGAUGUUGAAGAUUUGCUUUCAACCGACGAGAAUAAUUAUCAUAAAGAACAAUCAAAUGUUCAACGUCUCGGUUCAACAAUCCAGAAACAAUUAUUCGCUCGUGGUCGCCCUCCUGUGGGGGCUGUGGAUGUUGCUCCGACGCAAACCAAGAUCGAGGAUUUCGACGAUGACGAUUCCUUCCAAGUUUCCUCGCUUGAAGACGAACCAACCAAACCUACACCUGUUGCGCGACCCAAGAAAACACCUGCACCACGACACAGCGUCACUUCUAAUUCAUCGAAUACCUUUGGAACAAGUGUUUGGGGUUCUGGAGGCAACAAAGCAUCACAUGACCCAGAUUUUGACGAAUCAGAUUUGGACCUUGAUGAAUUAAUGACCUGAUAAGAAGUUUAUGGUAAUCUGUGAAUUUUAAACAAUUUGGUAAAAGCUGAUGUGUUUUUUUAAAUUAGUAAAAGCAGACAUUUGAUUUUAGUUCUUCCUGCAAAUUUUGAGCCUAUUCUGUAAUGUUUUAAUUUUAAUAUUCUUAAAUUUCAAAAAAUCUGUAAAAACGUUUGAAAAUAUUCUACUUUCACAGUUUAGUAGUGAUUACGUUUGUUUUGCAACAUCCAUCCAUAAAGUACUUCGUUAUAAAAUACUAAACUUUGCAUAAGAUUUAUAUAAAGAAAAUACUUUUUCUAUUAAAAAAAUAUUCUUUUUUAAAAUUUUUUGUAAACAGCAAAAUGUUAUUUGUAAUUUUUGUUAAAAUUUUCCGUUACUAGGUUAUAGUAAAGAGCUACAAAUUUCAUAUAUUUUAAGUUACGGUGCUAGCGUAAUGGUUUAUGCAAAUAUUUUGUGUUGGCUACAUAAACAAGUGAACUGUGGUAACAUUUCAUAUAUUGAGAUGGGGAAAGAUGGGACACUUUUUCAUUUUAUUUUCUCGUCCCACUUGGAUAGUAAACAAAGAAAAUUCAAAGAAUUAUAAAACCGUAUCCUCACGACUCCAAUAGACCGUUGUUAAUUGUUUAAAAUACGAUUAGCAUAUUUAGUCAUUAUGUGCUAAAGGUGUCCCAUCUUCCCUCACCCUACUAUAUAUAGUAUCUCAUAAUAUUCAAAUAUCUCGUUAAUAAUUAGUUACUAUUUAGUUAACAACCGGUUAAAAUAAAUUACCGUUUUAUAAUAAAUAUUUUUGUGGAAAUUAAA